AUGGUGGAGACACAGCAGAGCCUAGCAGAUAUCGGCACAUCAAAUUCAUAUUUGCAAAAUGUAGAGUCUAGUAAUAUUCAAGAUCAAAAUGCGUUAAGUGGAGAAUGCUAUCGCAUGCAAACCGUUUGCAUAUCCCCACUAACAAAUCCUAUGAAGAAUGUUUCCAGAUUCAGUAAGCAGCAAACUCAAAAAGUGAUGCCAAUUGUAAUGCUAGAAACUUCUCCAACCAUUCCUACCACUGUGCAGACAAGAUGCCAAGAAUAUCAGGCGAGAAAAGAUGAAUUAUCAAACCAAACAUUAAAGUGGAACUUGCAGGGUACGAAGCCAAAUUUCUUUUGGCAUACUCCAACUUUUAAGGUGAAUGUAUGUGGUCCAUCAGAUCUUAAGUAUCCGGUUUCUGCAAUGGAAUCCUUCAUUCCUGUUAUGGUUCAAAAGUAUAGCUUUGGUCUAAUGCGCAUGUUGUCGAAGUUUGAUGAUCCUCUCAUUCUUCUUGACAAAGAAAUUAUCAAUACACCAUCAUAUCUAACAAUAAAUGGAAACAAAAAAGGAAAAAGAGACGAAUUAUUUUGA